AUGCUCGGUGUCUCCAGUGAGGGGAGCUCCUCGCGAAAACUGCGGGCCGCACCGCGAGACAUGUGGCCGAGAAUUUGUGAAAUCUCUGCUAGGUUUUUAGCCCCAUUCCCAAACAACAAGUUCCGCAAAACUGCGCGUACCUCGGCGAUUUGUUAGGCGAUUGCUCGAAAGGGGGGAGAAAAGUUUGUGACGAGAAGGCGUUUCAACCCAUAAAGAAGGCACGGGGGCACUUUAACGCUGCAAUUUGGACAGCCCAGGGCUGGACAUGACUGGAGAUGAAAGCGGUGGCCAGGGGCCACCCCCUGACGGGACUGAUGCGGAGGAGGGAGAGCGAUGUCCUAUCUGCUUAGGGGUCCUGGCCGGCGGGAACCUCGCCAUUCCGGACAGCUGCUGUCAUGUCUUCUGCCCUGGAUGCCUCCUCACUUGGGCUGAGUUGCAGAUGAUCCCUUCAUGUCCAGUGGACAGGCGGCCAUUCAGGAAUGUGUACCGAUGGGAUGGAAGCCUGCGCUGCGUGAAGGUUCCAGUGAGGACACAAGUGGCUGAACCCGUAGCUGAAAGUUGGGUCUGUAGAAACCUGGAACACAGAGUGUGUCUCAACAAACAGCAAAGGGCGGCGAAGGUUGCCGAAUCAAAACCGAAAGGACUUGCGUGGAAAUGCAACGAUGGUGACACAUUUUCAGUAUCCCCGAAAAAGGUCAGAGGGACAGAAUGCUGUGUUUGGCCAUCUUCUCCUUUUCUUUCAUCAGCCACGUCAACUCAGGACAUUACAGAGCCCGUGUUGGUACCAGAUGACAUAUUGUAUGAAAAAAAACAGUGCAAACCCCAGGUACAACAGUGCCCGUGGUUCUCUCCUGCUGCUCCCAUUACUGCAAAUGGAACUGCAAGGUUCCUACCUGUUGAUAGCUACCACAGCCUAUUUACAUCUGGACUCUGCUCAUCUCCUCUUACCUCCACUUCAUCAUUUGCGUCGGGUCAUUUUGGUGUGGUCUGCGCCAUUACCUGUCCUAAAGGAGGAGAGAAACGUGGCGAACGAGACUCAAACUCCAAAGCACCCACCAAAAAGGCUGUCGCUCUACCGUCCAGACGAUCAGGGCGCAACAGUAAAGCCCAGGCAGAGCCUCCUGCGUCCGACCCGUCACCACCGCCGCAGUCUAGUGUGUCUGACUCGGACUCGUCGACCAACCAGGCCUCCAAACCGGACGGGGGAUCUCAGGUGCCAGCCAAAAGGAAGGGAAAACGGCUAACAAACCGAAAGGCCAGCGGCAAGAGGAAAAACACAAUAAAAAAGCCCUCGUCCGAAUUCGUCGAAAGGGUGUCGGCAAGCGAGGAUGAAGAGGGUGAAGGGAUUGACACCACUGACAAGGAAGAUGAGAAAGUUGAAGCAAAGCCUGAGAUGAACAACUCAGAUCAGCCUUCUGACGCAGAAGGAAGUCUUAAUGCUGAUCACAGUGCUGUGGAUUCACCUGACGGGCAACAACCUGCGGAAUCUUUAAACAGUAACGUGGAACAUGACACUACCGAGACUGAUAAAGACUCUAAUGAACAAACAGAACCUGAUGAAAUCCGCCACCUGUCUUGUCCUUUGGACUCCCCUCCUCAAAGCAAUGAGUCUGAGUACUCUGAUGGCAGAUGUAGCACAGAAGAAGAGGAACCCACGGUCAUUUCAUUUUCAACCUUAGACGACGAGAAGAUCACCACAUCGUCGGAAUCUGAACCGGAGAACGCUCUGGAGAACCUCAUGUCUCCUGAUUGCAACAAUGUUUCUGAACAAGACGACAAAAUGGAGACUUGUGAAGAAGGGUCAGAAAUAAGGAGAGAUGACAUUGUCUUGGAGGAUCUCCAAUGUGACAGCCCCAAACCUAGUUCUCCAUGUGGUAAACCCUCAGAGGAGAAAGUCGCUCCCCAAGAAGCAAAAAUACCCGAGGAUUCAAAAACACCUGAACUAGAAGAGCCUUCAAAACUUGACAAACGAGUUGAGGAAAAGGAUCUGUCCAAAGAUGAUGAUAAUGUUGUUCCAAUGGACUGCAGUUCACCAAUCAGUGAGGCUGGAGGUAGCACCAUUUUGGAGAAAGCAAGGGAGAGCACACCAUCAGCCACUGCACAAACGUCUGUCCCCGUUGCUCCCGAGUGUUCCAAAAACCAAGGACCGCGAGACUCGACACACGAGAGGAAGAAUGGCAGACGACACUCUCGCUUCCACUCCCCGACAUCCUCCUGGUCACCCAAGAGGGACUCGAGACGAGAGGCGUCCAGGCGCUCCCGCUCGCGUUCGCGAGACCGCGCCAGCAGCCCGCUCUCCAGCCACUCGUCCCGCACUCGCAUCAAGGACAGGGAGCGCGAGCGAGACAAGGCGAGGGACUACGCCAGGAGGGAGCGCAGCCGGGAGAGGAAGAGAAGACGAUCCAGGAGUCGCUCUAGAUCAAAGUCGCGGUCUCCAUCCAGGGCGAGAUCAUACCGACGUGGAUACAGCCCCGAUCGGCCGCCGUCCAGAGAUCAGUCACCUCGACGUAAAGACCGAAGGGGCGGCUGGAGGUCAGGGCAAGGUGGUAGGAACGGUGGCGAGGCACAGCGGAGUCACGGAGGUGCCGGUCGAUUUGAGAACGGCGUCCCUUCAGAAAGGUCACCGGAAUGUCAAGGCUGGUCAGAGAAUCCCGAUUGGGUUACAGAAAAAACCCGCGGGGAACCCGAGGGCAGAAACUGGGACUUUGGUGGCGGACCCCGCUGGGAAGAACGCGGGGCAAGGGGACGCGGUGGCUAUGAGCGAGCCCAGGGAGUUGGCAAUCACGGCUUCCACAACCAACAGGACGACGACAACCGAAGGCAGCCACGGAACAACUCGGGAAUGGGCAACAAUUCGGGGAACGACGCCUACAGCCGGUUCAAUGAGAAUCGCGGGGGUAGCCGCAGGAAACUGGAGUUGGACGCGGGCGACUCUGUGCUGGACCGCUCGGGUUGGUCAUCAGCGUCCAGCUGGGCGGUCCGGAGGACGCUUCCUGCUGAUGUUCAAGAUUAUUACUCCAAGAAGGAGAGAGGGGGAGCAGGAGGCUGGAACCGAUCCGAAGAGGACCAGCCCGCAGCAGAUCCUGUUCAGACGGAGCCUGCACCUCCGACCAUACCGGGCAACGCUCCGGUGCCUGUGCUGACCGCGAUGCCUCCGCCACCGCCUCCCCAGCUGAAUGUCAUUCAUCACCAGUUCCCCCUGCAGGCCCCCCGGCCCCCCCUGCCAGUCAGCUUGCAACCCGCGGCGGCCUUCGCCAUGCCCCCUCCGAUCCCCGUGCACGUCCACCCAGCUGUGCCGCUGCUGCAGGUUCCUGCUCUCGCCGCCCAGACGCUGCCGCCACCGCCCCCUCCGCCCCCUCCCAUGCAGCAAGGGGGCCAGAUGGCCGCAGCUCAGCCUGAUGGGCAAACGACACAGAUGGCCGCUCACGGAAAACCGGGCCCGAUUCUUACUCCGACCAAAGUUGGCCAGCAGGUCGUCAGCCAGGUGCUGCCUUCGUCGACUACGCAGCCACCUCAGCAUCAGAAGGCGCAAGCUGACAGCUCCAAAAAAGAAAAGAAACAACAGAUCCAAGAGAAAGCGAUAAACGAAGUGAAGGCGGCGAUCAAACCUUAUUACCAAAAGAAGGAAAUCACAAAAGAGGAGUACAAGGAGAUCGUCCGCAAAGCAGUCGAGAAGGUGUGUCACAGCAAGAGUGGCGAGGUGGACUCGAGUAAGGUGGCCAACCUGGUGAAGGCCUACGUAGACAAAUACAAGCACGUACGGAAAAAGUGAAUCGGCACCUUGACGCGGCGCGGCGCUGCCCUCACUGACCCCGUUGUGCAGCUCAAGUGCAAUUUCCUCUAGCUGGAUCUUAGCCUCCAGACCCAACUACAAUGGAGAGCCAUGAUUUCUUUUUUUUUUUUUUUUUUUUUUUUUAUAUAUCUACCUUUUAUUGAACUAUAUAGUUUUUUUUCUAUAGAUUUUCAUAUUUUGUUAGGGGGGAAAAAAAAAAAGAGAGAGAGACACAUUCAGAAGUUGUAAUGCAAGCGCCCUUUAUUUUGCAUAGAUCCUGACCUGCAGAACUACUGUACGGGGAGCAGGGCGGUGCAUUGGGAGGGUGGGGGGUUCAGUUUUGAUCCAAAAAAAAAUAAUAAUAAUAAUACAAUGUCACGUCUGCUACUAUCAUCGAGAGAAUCUUCUAGCUGAUACAAUGACAUUUCGCUUCACGGAAUCCUGAUUUCAUAGCCUUUUGAAAUAUAUUCUUGAGAAAAGAAAAAAAUAUAAAUAUAUAUAUUCUCUACUGUUUCAGAUGAAAGAAUAGCUCGAAUAAUAUUAGAAGUGGCGCCCUAAUUGGUUGACGAUGUGCCAGGCGAGCCAUUUGGCGGUGAGUCUGUAAUAUAGGACGCGCGUCCCGGGAGGGGACAAGUCAGGUUUAAAAAUAAAAAAUAACCCAUCUGAAUGUGUAGUGAAUGUCCAUAAAUUCAGCGGAACUGUCGGAACUUAUCCAGAAAGUAGUGAAAUAAAGUAGCUGCUUCCUGAUUGGCUGU